UAGAAAUCAAUUAUGCUGGAUUUCUUUAUUAUACAGGAAUGAGCUUUCAGUGGACAAAACUAAAAAGAAGAAAAGAAGAGAACUGACUGAGGAACAGAGGCAAGAAAUCAAAGAUGCCUUUGAGUUGUUCGAUACAGACAAAGAUAGAGCAAUAAAUUAUCAUGAACUAAAGGUGGCAAUGAGAGCCUUGGGUUUUGAUGUGAAAAAAGCUGAUGUCCUGAAAAUACUUAAAGAUUAUGAUCGAGAAGCAACGGGCAAGAUCACCUUUGAAGAUUUUAAUGAAGUUGUGACAGACUGGAUAUUGGAUAGAGAUCCACAAGAAGAAAUACUCAAGGCAUUCAAAUUGUUUGAUGAUGAUGACUCUGGUAAAAUAAGUCUGAGAAACCUGCGCCGGGUUGCUAGAGAACUGGGUGAAAAUAUGUCAGAUGAAGAACUACGGGCUAUGAUUGAAGAAUUUGAUAAGGAUGGAGAUGGAGAAAUCAAUCAAGAGGAAUUCAUUGCUAUUAUGACUGGAGAUAUAUAGCAUUAGAAGAAAAGAAGUGAACUCAGCACAAAAGGGAGGAGUCAUUGGCAGCUUCCAUUACAAUGUUUUCUACUUCCAUUCUUUUCUGUAGCUGGAGUGAUGCAGAAAAUUACUUUCUUCAAAAUAAAGACAGGUUAUACACACUGAUAGUUCAGUACUUUCUAUCACUAAAUAUUAUCACUAGAAUAAUUGAUACAUCAUUUUAGAACAAGUAAGCAAAUGCUGCAUUUCAGAAUGUUUGAGUAGUCAUUUGUAAAAUAGCUUUGUAUAAGAUUUCUAAAUUGUUUCAUAAGAACCUUUUGAAGUUGAUUGUGUUAGCCUUAGUUUUGAUACAUAAGGCUUGACAAACUUCCAUUUAGUAAAAUGUUCUUUUACUA